AUGGCGUAUAAUCCAGAUACCAUGUCGUUUGACAUGCCCGACACGGACACCGUUUAUGUCAGCGGCCUUCCGCCCAACACGACGGAGCAAGAUCUGGCCGAGUACUUCGGCUCUAUCGGAAUCAUAAAGAUCGACAAGAAGACCAAGAAGCCAAAAAUUUGGCUAUACCGAGAUAAGGCUACGGGAGAGCUCAAGGGUGACGGGACUGUCACGUAUGAUGACCCGUUCUCGGCAGCAUCAGCUGUGCAAUGGUUUGGCAACAAGGAUUGGAAAGGUUCGAUGCUCCAGGUCACCUUGUCCCAAAAGAAGCAAGCCGGUGGUGGAUAUGGUGGAGGAUAUGGAGGCGGAGGUGGUGGUGGUGGUGGUGGUGGCUACGGCGGUGGCGGUGGCUACAACGAUGGUUACAACAAUGCCCCACCACCUGGAGGUGGGCGUCCAGGCGACUGGGGUUGCAGCAAAUGUGGCAACAACAAUUUUGCGUUCCGCCAGAAAUGCCACAAGUGCGGAACGCCUCGGUCGUCUGCGAGCGGCCCAGCCGGUGGUGGAGGCGGUGGUGGUGGUGGCGGUGCAGGUGCAGGAGAUGGUGGCUACGGCGGCGGUUACGGUGGCGGUGGUGGUGGCGGUUACGGUGGCGGUGGUGGUGCCGGUGGUAGUGCCGGUUAUGGGGCUGCCGCUGGAACUCCGCCGGCCCCCGCUGCUGGUGGCGCAGCUGCGCCGCCCAGCGACAAGCCCCGUGUCGUUGCCGCACCCCAGGGCCCUCCUGGGCUAUUUGCUCCAGAUGAUUGGCCUUGCCCAAGCUGCGGCAACGUCAACUGGGCCCGUCGCAACAAGUGCAAUAUGUGCGGCACGUCCAAGCCCGGCACUGUGGACAUGCGACGCGAGGGUCAGGGUGGUGGCUUUAAGGAACUGGACGAGCAGGAGCUCGAGGAGGCCAGGCGGCGGCGGAAGGAGUACGAGGAGCAGGAUGUGUAUGACGAGUUUGGCCGCCUGAAGAAGCAGUUCCGUGGCACGAGCGAGGCGGACCGUAAGGCACGCGAAGAGGCAGCGCUAGCCCGGCUGCGUGGCGAAUACAACCCCGCGCCCAGCGCAGCAGAACGUGCCGGAGGGCAUGGGGACGAUCGUGGAGGUCGUGGAGACGAUCGCCGCGACCGCCGCGAGCGUAGCCGCAGCCGCAGUCGGGACCGCGGCGGCGAUCGUGAUCGGGGCGGUGACCGGGACCGUGGCGGCGGCUACGGCCGUGGAGGUGACCGGGACCGUGGCGGAGAUCGCGGUCGAGGUGGUGGCGACUAUGGCGGCCGGGGCGAGAGGCGCUACUAAGAGCUCAAGGUUGUUUUGACUUCAAUUCCGGGCGGGCGAGUGAGUAUCGAACGCUGUGAAGGGCUGCGGUGCAGAGCUGCCAACUGCGGACAGAUCAACCGCCGCUACUGAUGGUGUAUGUGAGAUGAGAAGUGUAACUUAUGGGCGACCGCAGCGCAGCGGAGCCUGGGAACUUUUGUCCUGAGGGAUUUUUUUGGCAUAGGCAGCUUGGCUUGUCUGGAAUGGGGGAGGCAGGACGGGAUGGGGUAGCUACUCGGGCAUCUUUGUCUAUCGCGGCAUCUUUCAAUGGCCAUGCAACGAGGCUGGCACUAGGACCGAGUGGCUCCUGGACGAAUGAAUACCGGCGUGUUGUUUAGCGUCCGGUUUCCCUGGUGUGCAUAGCUGAAGCUGUCCGUUAAUCGGCAUGUCUGUCUGUCCGGUGAUGAGUGCUUGCUGUUCACAGGUUGUCUUUGACUUCGUCCGUGUCCGUGUAUGUGUUUCCGCAUUGUGUUUAAAUUUGGGGCGAUGGAGAGAGGCGUCGGCGAAAGAUGCUAAUCAAUAGUUUUUGGUGGUUGGCGAACCGUACUGGGAUUGUCCUUUCGACAGUUGUAAGAUUUGCUGAUCUGCCAAAGUCGCCCCGGGCGCGCGUCUUCGCUGUAUUGCUAAUGAGGAAUCCAUGUCGUGGGCGGGCCUAAGGGACACUGCUUGGCUUGUAUGUAAUUCCGGGGAAUAUAGAGUAUGGAUACGUUUGUAAUAAGUUCCACG